AUGGAGGAGCGAGGGACGUGCGGCUUGGGGACAAGGAGAUUGAUUGGAGGUUUUGCGGAAGGUAUGGUGAAGAUGCGGUGGCUCACGAAGAUAGGUUCGGGUGAGGCAGUGAGGAAGCAGUUAGAGUUAGGAAGUGAGUCGUGGUGGUUCGUUAUGAGAGAGACGAGGAUGGGUCAUCAUGGAGGUGGAGUGACCAUGGCUAAGAGUACCUUUGAGGGUGACGUUUACAAUUAG